AUGACGGCCGCGAAUCCGUCUCCUCCACGCUCGAACCAGUCCACUCCUUCUUCCGAUAACACCGAUGGUGACACAUUGCUUCCUCCUUUGCGUCCCAAGACAAGGACGUUGCCUCCAUGGAUCGACUCGUAUGAAGAGAGAUAUGGACAACCGUCCACCGGCCAGGGGGGAAUCUUGAACCGACCACCCCCACGCACAGUCCAGCCACAACACAACGGCACGCCAACCGAACCACGAAGGGUAUCAAAAGAUGGAUUUGUGUACGAACCAGAUGGGCUGGAGCGAAGGAACGAUUCCAAGAUGAAACUGCGGCGGAUUCUGAGACGCGGGGACGGCAUGGAGCGCGGCCGGAAAUGGGACCACCUCCGAACGGACGAACCCGUCAUUCUCCACCGGAAUGCGCACUACACGUCCAACUCGCCCUGGUCCGAAUUCAUCCACUCGUCGCAGUGGGGCCACAUGCCGAAUGAGCAGUCGGAAGUGGUCGACUACCAAACACUCGAGAAGCUGCAACCAAACUUGAAUCUACCCGUGCACCUGCCCGAACCCGAAGACGUUUACAAGUCUCGCACCGGGAGGAGGUCGGCCUUGUACAAGCGGCUAUGGCAGCACGUCCUCCGCCAUCCCUUGGUGCCGUUACUCUUCCGGUCCCUCGUCCUCAUCACCUCCAUCUGUGCCCUUGCCCUUGCGAUUCGUAUCUACCAGCUCGAAGGUCGGCGGCGCUCCAACCAGCAAGAACUACAGAAUCAGAUUCUCGCUCGAUUACGAGCACUGCAUUCAGCCUCCAAUUCCGAAGGAUACGUCGACCAAGAGCUUUCCCUAAUAAGACAGAUCUCGCCCGGGUCGUCAGAGCGGACUCAAGCGAUAGUGGCGAUUGCGGUGGACACGAUAGCGAUUCCUUAUAUCGGGUACAUGCUCUGGGACGAAUACACGGGUCGCCCAUUGGGGCUAAGGCCAGUGACGCAGAAGAGCGGGUUGGUGCUGAUGGAUGUGUUUUUCAUCGUGUUCAAGGCUGCCAGCACGGCGUUGGCGUACGAGGUGUUGGUUUAUCAUAACAGUCAAGAUCGCUUCACGGACCAUUUCAGCCAGGCACUGGCCGCGUUUCAGCUGAUUGGGCUAUUUUUCUGGUUGACCAACUUCACGGUUAAUGUUUUUAGGCUGGUAGUGAAGCUGGGAGGCGGAGACGAUUUGGAGACUCAGAGGGGGAGGUGACGACGAUUAUAAUGGGCGGUAAAGCCCGGAAGGAUAUUGAGAGGGAAAGAAAAACAAAGCGGGGGAGAUGAAUAACGACGAACGUCUCAGUCCCGCAUGGUAGCAUACUUACUUGCAUUUUCUCGUACUUUGUCGAUACCUCAGCACGGUUCUGCCUCCGUGUUUAUUGGGUGGGGUUUUUGGAUUAGCAGAUUAGCAUACAGCGGUAACAAAUAGUGUUUGAUC